AAUAAUAGCCAUUAUCAGUAUUUAAUUCGAUCUCUACAUCUAAACUCUCCUCAUCUCUCCCUUCUCUGUUCCCUUUCUCUCUCUAACUUGCAGAAACAAUUGAAUCGCCACUCCAAAACCUAUAUAUAUUUAUGUCAACUCAGUUAUCGACUAGGUUUUCUACUUCUUCACUAAAAAGGUAACCAACUUAAUACUAAUCUUCUUUUUCCUUUUCGAAUUCUAACUCUGAUUUUUUGUUUGAAUAUAAACCUUCUUCCUCUUCUCCAGAUCCGUGUGUUAUUGUUUAUUUUGUACUUAAUUAUUGAGAAAUAAAAGGGGAUUUUGAUUCUAGGGUUCUUGGGGGUUUUGUUAAUUUUGAGUAGGAGAACUAAAUAGCAGCAAACUUCAUUUCAAAUUGAGGCACUGUUGAUGGUGAUGAAAGAAAGGGUUUAUGAUCUGGUGAUCUGAUUGUGAUGAUGGAUAACGAAGAUAGGGUUUCAGGAGUUGUUGUUGAAGAAAAAGGGGAUGUUGGGGCUACUGAGAACGGUGGGUCUGUGAAGGAGUUGAAAGUUUAUAGGUCGAAGAAGAAGGAGAAUUUAAAGAGAGAAAGGGAAGUCCAUAGUGAUGGUUCAGAAUCGAGUGAGGAUUUAUUAAUUCGUCGUAGAAAGGUAAUUAGAGAAGAAAUUGAAGUCGACAGUAAGAAAAUUGUGAAUAAUGGGGUAAGUGAAUCUGAAGAUGGAAAGCAAAGCAGUAGGUUAGAUGUUUUUGAAUACGAUGAAUACGACGAGAUUGAUGACAUUGUUCUAGUUAAGAAGUCUAAAAAAGUGCGAUUCCAGGUUGAUCCAGAUAUUAAUGGGGGUUUAAAGGCUGGUAGUAGUAUAAAGUCGAAGAAGGCAGAGCUCUCGAGAGAAACUGAGUGCAGUAGAGAAGUUAUUGAUAAAGGAAAAAGUGUGAGCGUUCGGCAAAAGGAGUUAAGGAGGAAGAAGAAAAAAAAGUAUGAGAUGACAAAAGAUGGAGAGUUCGUUGCUCUUUCUGUGCCGACAAAUAUUUCUGCGACUGAAUCAUCGAAUGAAAUGGUGCAAAGUGAAGACGAUAAUGUCUUAAAGGUGAUGGUCAAAAAGGAAGCUGGAGAGUCUAAGAAGAGUUCUGAACUCAAAAGGGAAGGAACUAGAAAGGGUUUGAGGUCUGCUGACACCACUAAGCAGGAAUCACAGCAAUCUCCUCCACCUUCACCAGAAAAGAAUCAGGUAAAGUCGCAGAAAAGUUCGUCAACCACAAACCUUAAAGUCCACGAUACGAUGUCCAAGAAAACAGUUGUUUCCUCGUCACUGUGUUCAAGUCACAAGAAGAGUACUAAACUCAAGAAAGAGAUAAGGAACAAAGGAUUCAGAACCUUGAAAUCCGAAUUAAGUCACUCAACAAGACAUGGGAAUAAAAAUGUUGGGGAUAGUAGGUCAACAGAACAAAACAGAAUUCGUGACCAGAUAAGGACAAUACUUUUGGAUGCAGGAUGGAAAAUUGAGCAUAGGCAGAGAAAUAACAGAGACUACCAGGAUUCUAUAUACAUCAGGCCUAACGGAGGAGGUGGACUCUGGUCUAUUGUCAAGGCAUAUAAUGCUUUUAUUACGGAAUGGAAAAAUGAGGGUGGUGAGAGUAGUAAGUCGUUUACACCCAUACCAGAGGAGCUCAUCAGUCAAUUAACCAGGCAAAGACGCAGCAAGGAAGAAAGGAUGGCGGAUAUGGCGAAGAAAAAGGCUGGCAAAGGAAGUAACAUCUCGAAGAAAACUGGACAAAAAGGGUCAAAGAAAGACAAGGCUCUGUGCAAGCCAGAGCAGAAGAAGGAAAAUGCACUUUGGAAGCCAGAGUCAAAGAAGGAAAGUGCACUAAGAAAGACGGAGCUAAAGAAGGAAAAAGCACUGAGAAAGACGGGCAAAACUCAGAAGUCAGCCCUAGCAUCUGAUGCUAAUUUGCAACAAGGAAAAAAGAAGAGAAAGCAAAAGAGAGGUGCUUUGUUAGUUCGUAGCUCUAAUCAGAAGAAGAAUUCAGAUGAUGGUUUCACUCCAUUCACUGGGAAAAGAAGUGUUUUAUCCUGGUUGAUUGACAUGGGUGUUGUGGCUCUCAAUGGAAAAGUUCAGUAUAUGAAUCGGAGAGGUACAAGAGCAAUGCAAGAGGGCCAGAUCACAAGGGAUGGCAUUCAUUGUGAUUGCUGUGGUAAAAUCGUUACAGUUUCAGAAUUUGAGAUCCAUGCGGGAAGCAAUCUGCAGCAGCCUCUCCAAAAUAUCUAUGUAGAUUCUGGGGUUUCCCUCCUUCAGUGCCAGCUAGAUGCAUGGAACAAGCAAGAGGAAUCUGAUCGCACUGGGUUCCAUUUAAUGGAAUAUGACCCUAAUGACCCAAACGAUGAUACAUGUGGCAUCUGUGCAGAUGGGGGGAAUUUGAUCUGCUGCGAUGGUUGUCCUUCCACAUUUCACCAAAGGUGCUUAGGCAUAGAGAUGUUUCCUCCUGGUGAUUGGCACUGUCCAAAUUGUAUUUGCAAAGUUUGUAAGUUAGUUGGUAGAAGAAGAGGUCAAGGGGAUGAUACAGCUGUUUCCGUCUUGCUUACCUGUGGUCUGUGCGAGGAAAAAUAUCACAAAUCAUGUGGUCUGGAUCCGGAUGCUAGACCUAUAAAACGUAAUAAAUCAUACAUUUCCUUUUGCGGGGUGAAAUGCAGCAAGAUCUAUAAUCAACUGCAAAAGCUCCUUGGAGCUAAAAAUGAACUCGAAGAAGGAUUUUCAUGGUCUCUUAUUAGGCGUACUGAAUCAGACUUGGACACAUCUUCCCGUGUAUUGCCUCAAAAAGCAGAGUGCAAUUCCAAACUUGCUGUAGCCUUGACUGUGAUGAAUGAAUGCUUUUUUCCUAUUGUUGAUCAGAGGACUGGGAUCAGUUUGAUCCGUAAUGUGGUUUACAAUUGCGGGUCGAACUUUAAUCGGGUCAAUUAUGGUGGCUUCUACACUGUUAUUCUGGAAAGGAGUGAUGAGAUCAUCUCUGCGGCAACUAUCAGGAUCCAUGGAACCAGGUUGGCAGAGAUGCCAUUUAUUGGUACCCGCUUCAAUUAUAGGCGUCAAGGGAUGUGCCGCCGGCUUCUAUCUGCAAUUGAAUCUGCUCUUUAUUCUCUCAAUGUUGAAAGGUUGGUUAUUCCUGCUAUCCCUGAGCUCCUGCACACAUGGACUGAAGUCUUCGACUUCAAGCCCCUUGACGAAUCACAGAAGGAAGAAAAGAGGUCCAUGAAUAUGUUAGUGUUUCCUGGUACAGGGCUACUACAGAAAGAAAUAUUGCUGCAGAAUUUAACCAAACAAAAGGAAACUGAUGGGUCAGUUGUUUCUGCAGUUGUAAAUGCCAUUGGAUUUAGAAGCACCGAUCAGAGUAUGUCUGAGGUAAACAUUAAAUGUGAUAUUGACGAGGUGAAUGAUAAAUGUGAUAUCGACUCCACUGAGCCUGAUCCCAGUGCUUCUGACAAGGGUGCUGUCAUUGAUGAACAUGGAUUGGACGAUAAAGUUAUUGCUGUUGUAUCUGGCUCAACAGUGAACAGUGAUAUCGACGAGGUGAACAAUAAAUGUGAUAGCGGCUCCACUGAGCCUGAUCCCAGUGCUUCUGACAAGGAUGCUAUCGUUGAUGAACACGGAUUGGACGGUAAAGUUAUCGGUGUUGUAUCUGGCUCAACAGUGAACAAUAAAUGUGAUAUUGGUUCGAUUGUUGAGCAUGAUUCCAGUGCUUCUGACACGGUUGCUGUCGAUAAUGAACACGGAAUGAACGAUGAAAUCAUUGGUGUUGUAUCUGGCUCAACAGUGAACAAUAAAUGUGAUAUUGGUUCGAUUGUUGAGCAUGAUCCCAGUGCUUCUGACGCGGUUGCUGUCUAUAAUGAACACGGAAUGAAAGAUGAAAUCAUUGGUGUUAUAUCUGUCUCAACAGUGAACAAUAAAUGUGAUAUUGGUUCGAUUGUUGAGCAUGAUCCCAGUGCUUCUGACACAGUUGCUGUCGAUAAUGAACACGGAAUGAACGAUGAAAUCACUGGUGUUGUAUCUGGCUCCGUAACUUGUAGGGAUAUCGCAUGUGAUACAUCUGAUGUGAGUAAUAAGUUGGGUGAUUCUUGUCUACAAGAGGAUUGUGCUACUGAUAAAGAAAUUUUAAAUUCUAGUGCGAGUGUUAUCAACAAUGAACAUGAGAUUGACGAUGCAGUUACCGACGCUGUAGUUGUUACCUUAGUUCCUGCUGAUUUGGUGUGUGAUACUACUGAUGUGGCUAGUCAUAUAAGCGUUGCUUCUCCAGGAGAAGUUAUUACUUCUGAUUCGAACGUAAUCGAUAAUGCGGAUAAUUUUGCUUGUAAAGUUUGUGAAGCCAUUUCUGGUACACUUGCUUCUGGUGAUUCAGCAUUUGAUACUUGUGCCUUAAGUAAUCACUUAUGUUCUGCAUCUGUAGAAGAGGAAUCAGCAGUGGAUCAACCUAAUAUCAAGGAAAAUGGCCAUAUAUCAUGUUCUCCCGUGAAAUCCAAGCUUCAACCUUCUUCAGAGGAUGCAAGUGAUCUUCUGUGUUGAACCUGAUUUUCACUCUGGCUGAUAGCAACAUUGUAUAUGGUUUACGAGGUGGUCCUGUAGGCUCUGGUGGAUGUUUACUGCCACAGAAGACAGAAGAAAACACUUCACACGCAGAUAAGAAACUAAUGAGUUUGAUCAAGAUAACGGUAUUCCUCCUCUCUUGCUCAGCAGCUUCCCAAGACACCCAAGAUUCAGUAGGUAUUUCUAUUUCAGAGUCUGCAGUGGCCGCAUGUUGCAGUUAUAACAAAAGUAGCAGUUGAUUUGACGGAUACAACUUACUACUCGGUACUCACCAAUGAUAUUCGAGCUUCUCAUGGAUCUUGUUAUUCUUAUUCUGAUUGUAAUUUUGUUCAGAUUCAAUUCUGAGUAUUUGUGAUUUUUUUGCUAUAGUUGCUCCAGUAGACCACAGAUUUGUCAGUGGAUAAUGAAUAUUAGGGUAAAGAACAUUUUUCGUGGUAAAAGCCAUCGGACUUCACCUAAUCAAUCAUCUCUGUUGUGUCGGGGCAUACUAGUAACAUGAUCGGUGUAUCAUGCCAUAUGUAAUUUAUGACUUGCACAAUUUUAUAUUAGAAGAUUCCCAUUCUGUAAA